AUGACACCGCCUACCACCGCCGCCGAGAAAAAAGAUCCCGGCGGAAUUGGGUUCUUAGACGAUGUUGGUGGAAGUGUUGAUGGACUAAUGUCUUGUACUGAGUCUCUAGGUUUCGAGAGCUCCGAUGAGAGGACAGUGGAUGAUCAAAUUGAGGAUCAUGACCAAGAUGAUUUGAAUUCUAGGAAAUCAUAUUCUACAAAUAUGGCUAGUUAUUCUAAUUCAAAGUGUUGGCAAAGAAGUAAUUCGGAGAAGAAAGAAAAGAAGUUUCCGCCGCCAUUAUCGUCGUUAAACCAAGACGGAAAGCCAAAUUUCUUCAUGCGUGCGGUGAGAAAAGAUGGAAGGUUAGAGUUGACGGAGGUGAAAAUUAGUCGGCCCGAAACUCUCCUUGCUUCCCGCCAAGAUGGACGGCUGAGAUUACAUCUCAUUCGUAAUGAAGAAGAAGAAGAAACAGAAGAGGAAAACGACAAUUUCCCCCUGGACGAUGAAGAAGAGGUGAUUGAAACAAUUCAAGAAAAUAAUAAAGAGAUACUUGAUGAAGAAGGAGAAGAAAAGGUUGGAGAGUGGAAGUUUCCGGUGACAAGCGGUGGCAGUGAAGAUGGUGUUCGAAGAUGUUACGGUGGCCAUCACCACCAUAGUCAUAACAACCACCGCCAUGAUUUACAUGUGUGGAGGCAACACUGUGUCACAACUAGAUAG